AUGGCCAAUUGGACAAGAAGAACAUCAACAAGUUGGAACGAAAUAGGAAAAAUAUUCGAUCGAACGGUUGUAUUAAAAGUCCUUAAGGAUUCUAAAAAUAUUAAUUCAGCAUUCUUAAAGGAGUUACAAAAUAUCGUUAAAAGUCAACCUAAUUCCUACAUGCACCGCAUUAUUCAAUGUUAUGGAAUAUCCCAAUUUCCAAAAACAAAUGAUUAUAUUUUUGUUAUGUCUUAUAUGUCUAAUGGAAGUCUAAAUGAUUUUUUAUCUAAAAAUUUUAAAAAUGUUACUUGGAAAAUGAAACAUACUCCACACUGUUGGGCUAUUUUAAUGCAAAAAUGUUGGCAUUCAGAUCCCUUAAAAAGGCCAACUAUUGAUGAAAUAUUCGAUGAAGUAAAUUCUAGAUAUUGGAAUGAAAAUGAAAGUUUUAUAAAAGAAGCUGAAAAUAAACGACAAGAAUUACUUAAUGCUGGGAAAUUAACUGUUAAAUAUUUACAUCCUCAUUCUAAAACUCACAGUCAAUUAUUAAAUCCUGCUAUAGAUUCUAUUCUUUUAGAUUUUCAUCAAGGCUCAAAAUCUUUUACAUUACGCCGUAUAGAUUCUUUUCAAAGCAUUAGCGACGAUUCAUUUAAUAUCAUUCCUGAACAUUUUAAUAACAACAACAGUAUAAAUUCAACGAUAAACAUAUCACCUUCAAAAAAACACACUAGCGAAUUUUUACCAGAUGAAAAUAAUUAUAUUGAAAUAAAACGAAGAAAACUAUCAGACAAUGAUUUACAGCCAUAUACUUUAUCAUUAAAUGAUGCCAUUUAUCAAAUUACCAACCUGAGCAAUUUGAAUUUAAAUCAUGAUAAGCUAUGUUAUGAGGUGGGAAACGCUCUAUCUGAAGCUCUACGCGUAAACCACACUUUAAAACGCUUGGAUUUAAGUUCAAAAAAUCUAUGCAAUGGGGCAGGGCAAGGAUUAGCUGAGGCAUUAGGUAAUAAUAACACAUUAACGAACUUAAAUUUAGAAAACAAUUAUCUUGGUGACGAUGCAGUAAUGGCUCUAGCUAAAGCUCUGUAUAAAAACACCACUCUUAUGUGUUUAAAUUUAUAUAAUAAUCGAUUUGGCGGUAAAGCUGUAAAAUUAUUGGCUGAAGUUUUAUGCAAAAAUACCACCUUAUCUAAUUUAGAUUUAAGAUCGAAUAAUCUUGGUGAAUUAGGAGGAAAAGUACUGGCUGAAGCUUUAUGCAAAAAUACCACCUUAACUUAUUUAUAUUUAGGAUCGAAUAAUCUUGGUGAAUUAGGAGGAAAAGCAUUGGCGGAAGUUUUAUGCAAAAAAACCUCCUUAACUAAUUUAGAUUUAGGAUAUAAUGAAAUAGGUGAAUCAGUAGGAAAGACACUGGCUAAAGCUUUAUGUCAAAAUACCACCUUAACGAAUUUAGAGUUAGGUUCGAAUAAUCUUGGUGCAUCGGGAGGAAAAGCACUGGCUGAAGCUUUAUGUAAAAAUACCACCUUAACGAAUUUAAAUUUAGGUUAUACCAACUUAAAAGAAUCAGGAGGAAAGGCACUGGCUGAAGCUUUAUGUAAAAAUACCACCUUAACGAAUUUAAAUUUAAAUUAUAACAACUUAGAUGAAUCAGGAGGAAAGGCACUGGCUGAAGCUUUAUUCAAAAAUACCACCUUAACUAAUUUAUAUUUAACAUGGAAUAAUCUUGUAGGAAAAGCAUUGGCCGAAGCUUUAUGCAAAAAUCCUACCUUAACUAAUUUAGAUUUAAGAUGGAGAGAUCAGGAGUAA